AUGUCUACCUUUGGACCUACGACGGAAGCUGACCUCAACCCGCAUCAGAUGUACUCCAACCUCGUUCAACAAUGCUUCGAUAACUGCGUCAACGGCUUCGAGAGCAAAUCCCUCACUUCGCGCGAAGAGGGUUGCAUCAUGCGAUGCGUCGAUAAGCACAUGAAGGGCUCGCAGAGGCUAGGCGACAGAUUCCAGGAGCAGAAUGCGGCCAUGGCACAGUCGGGAAGCGCCAUCGGACGGUAA